AUGCCACCACCAACAGACGGCGUUACAUCCCAGGCGGUGACUCCUAUCCACAUCGGAACAAAGUCUGACACUGGGUCGAACUAUACGCGCAACGACCAACUAGAGUCUCUUCAGUACGAUGGUGACGAAGAAGAUUACCCUGAGGGAGGUGCCACGGCCUGGCUUGUUGUGCUCGGCGCAUGGUGUGCCAUGAUACCAUCCAUGGGCUUGCUGAAUACCGUUGGUGUCCUCCAGGCCUGGGUGUCCGAAAACCAGUUGCAUGGCUAUUCUGAAUCGAGCAUUGGCUGGAUUUUCAGUGCAUACGCGUUUUUCCUGUACAUUGGUGGCGCACAGGUUGGGCCCAUCUUCGAUGCCCAUGACAUCAGAUACUUGAUCGUCCCUGGUAGCAUUGGCAUUGUUACUGCCAUUAUGUGCAUGAGCGUCUCCACCGAAUACUAUCAGCUACUCCUAUCCUUUGGUGUGCUUGGUGGUUCGUCAGCUUGUCUAUUAUUCACGCCUGCCGUGUCUGCGGUAGGUCACUGGUUCAGCAAGCGUCGAGCUCUGGCCAUUGGGAUCGCUUGCACAGCUGGAGGUCUUGGAGGAGUCAUUUUCCCUCUUCUGAUCCUCUACCUUGCUCCGAUUGUCGGCUUCCCUUGGACCAUACGCAUUGUCGGUUUUGUAUGCCUUGUCAUGUGCGUCAUUGCCUGCCUACUCUUGAAGAAGCGGCUUCCGAACAACAAGCACGCCGGUGCGUCUAUCGAUCUCAAAGCACUCAAGGACACAAAAUACGCGCUCACAACUCUCGCUGUAUUCCUGGUGGAGUUUGCCGUCUUUGUCCCAUACUCCUUCAUCUCGUUGUAUGCCAUCUAUGCCGGAGUCGAACGACAGAGGGCCUACCUUAUCAGCGCCCUUCUCAAUGUCGGUGCUAUUCCUGGACGCGCUCUCCCUGGAUACGUCGCCGACCGCUUUGGUGUCUUCAACACCAUGCUCGCCACAUCUUUAACUUGUGCUACUCUGAUCUUCGCUUUGUGGCUGACUGCUGCACGGAACGAGGCGGCGAUCACUGCGUUCGCCAUUGUCUUUGGAUUUUGGUCUGGAACUGGUAUCAGUUUGACACCUGUCUGUGUUGGCGCAGUCUGUAAGAUCGAGGAUUACGGGAAGAGAAACGGCACCACGUUUUCCAUUGCCAGUUUCGCUGCUUUGAUCGGCAUUCCUGCUGCAGGCGCUGUUCUCGAGCGCUGCGGCGGCGAUUAUACGGGCUUGAUAAUAUUCGCUGGCAGCCUCUAUCUCGCAGCGUUUGCCAUUUUUUUGGUAGCAAGAAUCGUAGGAUGGGGCCGAGAUUGGAGGACGGUUUGCUAG